GGCAGCUUAUUUAUAAUAGAGCAGGUCGGGUGGAAUGAAUUUACAGAAAUGGAUUUGUACGGGCUGAUCGUCAUGGCGACUGUGCUGACUCUGCAGAUACCAGAGUCUGAGUCCCAACCUGAUGUUUGUGGCCGGUCCCCGCGUAACACCAGGAUUGUUGGAGGACAGGAUGCUCCUGCAGGCAGCUGGCCCUGGCAGGCUAGUCUCCAUAGACCUACACACUUCUGUGGAGGAUCCCUCAUCAACAAACUGUGGGUGCUGUCUGCGGCUCACUGUUUUUCAAGUUCCAACCCAGCUGGUCUGAAAGUGAUUCUGGGUCUUCAGAGUCAAGAGGGAGUCAACAGCAAUAAGCAGACUUUUAAUGUAGCUCAGAUCAUCGUUCAUCCUAGCUACAACUCCGGAACAAGUGAUAACGACAUAGCCCUCCUACAGCUCUCUACACCUGUAACUUUUACCGAUUACAUUUCACCGGUCUGCCUGGCAGCCUCAGACAGCACCUACUUCAGUGGAGUUAACACCUGGGUCACCGGCUGGGGAAAUACUGCGAGUGGAGUGUCCCUCCCUUCUCCACAAAAUCUCAUGGAGGUUCAGGUGCCAAUUGUGGGGAACAGACAGUGUAACUGUGAUUAUGGAGCAGGCAGAAUCACUGACAACAUGCUGUGUGCCGGGCUAGCUGCAGGAGGGAAGGACUCCUGCCAGGGAGACUCAGGAGGUCCGCUGGUGAGCAAGCAGGGCGGCGUUUGGGUUCAAGGGGGAGUCGUCAGUUUUGGAAUAGGAUGUGCUCUACCUAAUUUCCCAGGAGUCUAUACUAGAGUGUCCCAGUAUGUGAACUGGAUCCAAAGCCAGAUAACCAGCAACCAGCCUGGCUUCAUCACCUUCUCAUCCUCUGGAACUGAUAGUGACCUUAACGUCUCAUGCAAAGACGUGCCACCAAUUUCAGUCACCAUCACUACAACCACCACUACAACCACAACUACAACCACCCUUGCUCAAACAACAACACCUGCACCUGUGGUUUGUGGACGAGCCCCGCUGAAUUCUCGUAUUUUGGGGGGAAGCUCUGUAGUGAGGGCCGGCGAGUGGCCAUGGAUGGCGAGCCUGCUGCAUAAUGGAACGCAUGUUUGUGGUGGGACGCUGGUGGCCAAGGACUCUGUGCUGACCAACGCCAACUGCUUCUCAGGACCCUUCGUGGCCUCUGAGUGGGCGGUCGUGUUGGGUCGCUUAAAGCAGAAUGGAUCAAAUCCCUCUGAAGUUUCAUUUAAUGUGAUAAAUAUCACUCUGAGCAACCUGACUGGGACCAACAUAGCAGUACUCAAACUGUCAGCCCAGCCCACCCUGAAUAACUUCAUCCAGCCCAUCUGUCUGGACAAUGGACAAACCUUCCCUGUGGGCUUGACAUGCUGGGCUGCCGGCUGGAGCUCUGGGACAGGAGGGGAUGAGAAAAUUCUGCAGGAGUUCAAGACUUCAGUGCAAAACUGUGGAAAUGCAUCAACAAGCGACAGCAUUUGUACCGAUGUGUUUACACUGGGGACGGGUGAUUCUGGAGACCCACUCAUGUGUGUGAAGGACGGCUCUUGGUACCAGGCGGCUGUGUUGUCGUUCACGGGAACCUCUGGAACCUCAAGCAGGCGAAAACGAGAGACUGCAUUGAUGGUGUUUGAAAAACUAACGCGCUUCCAGACCUUCCUGACUCGCUCACUGGGGACAUUCUUGUCCCCUGUCUCUGCCACCAACAGCACCAGCAACAGCACCAGCAACAGCACAGCCUCCACUGCCGCCAUAAUGACAACCAACCAGGGCACUCCCAUUCAUUUCCCCUCCCUCUUCUGCCUCCAUCUCCUCAUCCUUGCCUUGUGUCUCCAACUCUUCUCAUAGAAGAGUCCAGCUUCACCUUAUUUACAUGAUGUGAUGCACACAAAUGAAUGUAAAACGAAGCUUCAAUGUGACACUUUAAAGGUUUAAACGGAGGUGAUCUAUGGCUUGACUCUGAGUAGAGAUAGGAAGUUUAAUCCGGCAUUCAGGGAUCCAGCUUUCAGAGUAUUGAUAACCUUUCAGCCCCAGUUUAAGCAUGCAUGUUGAUGCACUACACAAUGAUGAAAGCAUCCAGAAAUACUUUGUGUUUCUGUGUUAAGAAAUGCUAUUUUUACUGUAAAUUAAUGCUUCUUUUUUUCCUCUGAUGGUCAGCAGCCCUGCCAGAUGGAUGUUUAUUGAAGGAUGUUAAGAUGAAGAAUGUUCAAAUCUGUACUGAAAAUAAUUCCUGUAGCAUUACAGGAUUUCAUGAUGCUUGAAGCAAUAUACAUACACAUAUACAUUGUUUUCUAAAUCUGUACAUUGGUAAAAUGUGUGUCAUCUUUAUAGUUUAUCUAUUUAUCAAAUGUUCAUCUGAUAAAUGGGACAUUUAUGGGACAACUGAUUGCAUCGUGGAUUUUAUUAAACUAAUUUGGUGUAAAUGGGUUUAGGAAACCAUUUGUUAGAUGUUACAGGAAUUCUGCAUCAGCUAUGUGCCUGUCCAUCAUGUGAAAGAUUUAUAAUAUUAUCAUGUGGAUUUUUAUCUAAAAUUCAAAGCACACAAUGGUGAGUGCCAGUAUUUGUACUAGAAAUGAUAUUGAUCAACCUGCACUGCAUUAAAUGAUUAUUUAACUGUUUAUUUAACCAAGAGAUAAAACCACUUUUACAGGGCUAUAUGUACAUCAACAUGAUUACAUGUACACACCACAGAAAACAAAUAACAGCCAUCAGAACUAUAAGGGAUGAUAAAUAAAUGGGAAUGUUGGUUUUGGGUCUACACAGGGAACACAUUUGUUGUUUUAAUGAGAAAGCAACAAAAAAACCUUUCUGUUGUUGUUAUGAUCAAAAUCCUGAUUGAUUCUCUGACUUUAUUUUGAUUGAUGAAAUAUCACAGUUUUUUAACACCAAUAAAAGUAAAAACUCUGAG